AUGCUCGCGGACAUAAGCGAGUCGAUCCUGAUCGUCGGCUCGGGGCCCCGCCCCGUGCGCGCGUUCAAGGCGCGCGCCGACAUGUUCGACGGCGCGUUCGUCUUCCCCUCCGCGCUGCACGCCGCCGCGCUCCCGCAAUCCGCGCCCGCCGUUACUUCCGCCGCCGGCGCGCAGAACUCCCCCCUUUCCGCCGCGUCCGCCCUCCCGGGGUUCCGCGUCACGGACGCUGCGGGGGAGGGCGCGGCGGGAGGGGGAGCGGGCGGGGGUAGCGGGGAGGGGGGUGGCGCGGGGCAGGGGAGGUGGCGGUGGCGGCUGACUGUGAUGGAGGAGAGGCAGCGGGGGGGUGGCGGAGCGGGGGUCGGAGGGAAGAAAGCAGGGGGAGGGGGGGGGGAGCGUGGAGUGGGGACGGUGGAGUGGCAGAGGGCGCGAAGGUGGAAGGAGGUGGCGGGCAGGCAGGCAGAGGAGAUGAAGAUGCUCACAGAGCACGUGGCGGGGGAGAAGCAGCAGGUGGGGGAGAAGCAGCGCGCGCGCAUAGAGGAGGACCUGCGGCGCCUCACACUCAUCGACCACGCCAUGGCGCCCGCGGGGGGCAUUGCACAGCUGCGGCACUUCUAUGGCAUGCCGCACAUGGACUUGAGCACCAUGUGA